AUGCACCGCGGCCGUACGCCCCUCAUAAUUCAAGCGCAUCACAGCGGACUUCUGUGCCGGGCUGUGUCCCAAACCGCCCCCAUCGCGGUUACGAGCUGUACAUUCCAGGCCGACUGUGAGGCAGGUAGACGGGCGUGGAUCAGCGCCAUUCAGAACCUGACUGAGAGAGAAGAAGAAACAGUCGAGAGCGAGGUGAAUUAUCAUCACCACUAUACUCCGGGAGGGGAGGGGUUCGGUUCUCGGCUCUGUAACCCCAGUUUAAUGCGUCUGAAUCAGAAGGGGUACAAGGACGAUUCGAAAUCAGACUCCAGUGAGACGUUAUUGGACAGGGAGAUUCAGUUGGAGGAAUCACAGGAACCGCAGGCGUCUUCUGAAGCUCCAGGAGGGAUCAGUUCUGGAGAAGUCGUCUGUGAUGCUCCCGAGAACAAGGAUGCUGAAGGAGAACCCACUGAAGGAGACCCCGGUAAAGGAGAAACUGAUAAAGGAGAACCCGCUGAAGAAGAACCCACUGAAAGAGAACACGGUGAAGGAGAAACCGCUAAAGAUGAAACCACUAAAGCAGAAACUGCCGAUGGAGGACAUGAAGAGGAGAAGACGACCGACACGAACCCGAACAGCUUCGAGAGCCGAUACACCAUUGGAGAGCUGCUGGGAAAGGGAGGCUGCGGUUCAGUCUACGAAGGCGUCCGUAAGGUGGACGGGAACCAGGUUGCCAUCAAAUACGUGGUGAAGGAUGAGCACCUCAGAUUUACCAGGAUUCCCGGUGAGACAGAGUUGCUCCCCGUCGAGGUGGCCCUGAUGCGCAUGGUGUCCAGGCCGCCCGCCAGCCCGUACGUUCUGAAGCUCCUGGAGUGGUUCGACACGCCCGAGCGCUGCAUCCUGAUCCUGGAGCGGCCCGUCCCCUGUGUAGACCUCCACCAGCUGAUGCUCAAGACGGGCAGGCUGAGGAUGCGGUUCGCCCGGCACGUAAUGCGGCGGGUGGUCCUGGCGGUGCUCCACUGCCGGGAUCGCGGGGUCCUGCACAGGGACAUCAAGCUCCAGAACGUCCUUCUGAACACAGAGACGCUGGAGGUGAAGCUGAUCGAUUUUGGAUGCGGCGACCUGUUGAAGGACACUCCCUACAACACAUAUUCAGGCACGUGGGUAUACUCGCCACCUGAGUGGAUAACCAAGCAGAAGUACUAUGGCUGCCCUGCGACCGUCUGGAGUCUGGGCGUACUUCUGUUUGUCUUGGUUUGUGGACGCCUGCCAUUUCGGUCUAAGAAGGAGAUCACCAAAGGGCAUCUAGUGUUCAAACCUGGUGUGUCUGAUGCCUGCUGCCAUCUGAUUGAACAAUGCCUCAAGAAGAAGCCCAGCAAGCGUCUCACCCUCGGGCAGAUCCUCCUGCACGGGUGGUUCAAUGAGUAACCCGAAGACUAGGUCCAGACGGUGUAGAUCUUUACACUCGUACUGGCGGCUGCAAAAAAGAGGGAUCUGCGCGUCUUCCACUGAAGGUACGACCGGCUGAUACAGAUGCUGGAGAAUCGGACUGAUGUGGGCCGAAGUGGAGCUGGCGCAGAUCGGGAUCCAGCACGUCAACUUUAUGGCCAUCGUCUUUGAGCUGGUGCUGCUGGGAAUUCUGUGAAGAGCGAGGGUGCAUCAGAUCAUCUCAUUGACGCAGUACCGGAGAUGAAGGCUCUUUCUGGACCGGCUGAUUGCUCUCAUCUAUUCGUGCGUUACGCCCAGAUGGACUGAACGGCAGUACACAGAGCGUUAUUUAUUCCAUCUUCAGACUGAGAUGCUGAGCUCCUGGAUGAAAUCUUCACUCUGGACGAGUCUUAUUACGCAGAACCUGAAGCCCUGGCUGCUGCACUGGAGACGCUUUUAUGGCGGAGCCGCCGACGGUUUCAUGAAAGCUGGAAACAGAAGACAUCUAAAGGCCAACCGUGAUUAGAACCUUUAUUUAACUGUCAGGGAUGCAGGUCUGGUGGUUUAAGUGUUUUUAAUGUGUUCACAGUUUCUGUACCUGUGGAGGUGCAUCAGGACCCACGACAUGGGCGACGUGUGAGGAUACCACUGAUGUGGAAGCAUGUAUCGGGAUUUCAGAGAGACGUGCUGCCAUUAAGACGACGUCUUUACAUCAAGACAACGACGGAUGACUUCGUGAACCAGAUCUAAAUGUGUUAAAAGCUGAUGUUCUGUAAAAAUGUAAUAAAAAGAAGAAACUGUGA